AUGGCAGCCACCGCCGCAACAUCAGCCGCCUUCGUCACCGCGAGGCUCCUCGCUUCCUCCUCUCGGAAACUCAAACAACCCUUCUCUCUCCUCUCUCCACAAAAAAGAUCCAGCUCCUUUUCCAUCAAUUCUGCCCCACUCCCCCUCCGCCGCCCCCAAACCCUCCGAUUCUCCACCGUCCCCAGCAUAUCCGCCACGAUCUCCGUCGGCGACAAGCUGCCUGACGCCACCCUCUCCUACUUCGACUCCGCCGACGAGCUCCAGACAGUCUCCGUCGCCGACCUGACAUCCGGCAAAAAAGUCAUUCUAUUCGCAGUCCCGGGGGCGUUCACCCCCACCUGUUCCCAGAAGCAUCUCCCCGGAUUCGCGGCGAAGGCGGCCGAUUUGAAGGCAAAGGGUGUGGACACGAUCGCCUGCGUUUCCGUUAACGAUGCGUUCGUGAUGAAGGCGUGGAAGGAGGAUUUGAAAAUUGGGGACGAUGUGUUGAUGUUGAGCGAUGGAAAUGGGGAUUUCACCAGGGCGAUUGGGUGCGAGCUCGAUUUGAGCGAUAAACCGGUGGGGUUGGGGGUGAGGUCGAGGAGGUAUGCUAUGUUCGUUGAAAACGGCGUCGUUAAGAUCUUGAAUUUGGAGGAGGGCGGUGCAUUCAAUGUUAGCAGCGCCGAGGACAUUCUCAAAGCCAUUUCGUGAUUUUCUUUUAUUCGUUUGUUUAUGGAGGAAAUAAAUGUUAUGCUUUUUAAUUUUCUACCGUUUCUUGCUCUUCUACGUCUUUCAUUCUUCUUAACCAAUGGUUAUGGAAUUUAUGUGCUUGCUAUUUGCUUGGA